AUGAUGCUGUUCGUAGUGGCAUCAGCUGUGUUGGCCCUUUGCCAGGUCGACGCAGUCAACGUGGCUACCUCGUACAGCGUGGUUCACCAUGAUCAACCGGCUGCCCAGCCUCGUCUGCUGCAGAAGUCCUCGCAUGCAUACGCACCGUCCGCCCACGUCGUUACAUCCAGCCACACCUACAGCCAUGCCGCGCCACACUUUGCACCGCUGGUUAGCAAAACUCGCUACACCGUCCCAUUCCUGAGCGCCCUCCAGGCUCAACCACAGUGUCCGGCACCGCCAGCCUGCGAGAAGUCUCGCUACCGUACCCUGGACGGUUCGUGCAACAACUUGCAGAACCCAACCUGGGGAACGCCGAACCGUCGCUAUGGCCGUCUGCUGACUCCGAAGUACGGGGAUGGUAUUUCGCUGCCGACCGUUUCCGUCACCGGGCAGGAGCUGCCGAACGCUCGCGUUGUGUCGCUGGUUGCCUUCGGCGAACAGGACAUCCCCGAUCCAGAGUACACCCUUGCCAACAUGCAAUGGGGACAGAUCAUGACGCACGACAUGAGCAUGCAGGCCGGUGGUACCCAAUCCAAGAAACACCCGACGAGAUGUUGUACCGAUGAAGGCAAACUGAUUGGCAAGGAACGCGCUCCGAGCAGCUGUUAUCCGAUCCUGGUGCCAGAGCAUGACCCGGCCCAUUCGCAGACCAAUACCGAGUGCAUCAACUUUGUCCGCACGCUCACCGACCGCGAAGAUCAGUGCACCCCGACCCACCCGAGCCAGCCGGCCGAACAGCUAACCACCGUCACCGCCUACCUGGACCUGUCGCUCGUGUACGGUAACUCCGACCAGCAGAACGCCGGUCUGCGCGCCUUCACCGGUGGACGCAUGGCCACGGUUGAGCGCGAUGGCUACGAGUGGCCACCGAACAACCCGAAUGCGACCACCGAUUGCGAGUUGGAAUCGCGUGACGAGGUGUGCUAUCUGGCUGGUGACUCCCGUGUUAACCAAAACCCUGGCCUGACCAUCAUGCAGAUCAUCCUUCUGCGCGAGCACAACCGCAUCGCCGAUCAGCUGCAGAAGUACAACCCACACUGGGACGACGAGCUGCUGUUCCAGGAGGCCCGCCGCAUCAACAUCGCCCAGUAUCAGCACAUCAACUACUACGAAUGGCUACCGAUCUUCCUCGGCUGGGAGAACAUGGUCAAGAACCGUCUGAUCUACCGCACCAAGGGUGGUGAGUACAUCAACGACUAUGACCCGAGCCAGGAUCCCUCGGUGCUGAACUCGCACGCCACCGCCGCCUUCCGUUACUUCCACUCGCAGAUCGAAGGACGUCUUGACUUGGUUUCGGAGGUUCGUAAGCCAACGGGAUCGCUGCGUCUGAGCGACUGGUUCAACCGUCCCUCGAUCAUCGAAGCCGGAGACAACUACGACUUCCUGACCCGUGGUCUUGCCACCCAGCCCGAGGAGCUGACCGAUACCAACUUCGACGCCGAAAUCAAGCACUUCCUGUUCCGUCGCGGCCGUCCGUUCGGAGGUGAUCUGCGCGCCAUCGACGUCCAGCGCAACCGUGACCACGGUCUGGCCGGCUACAACGAUUACCGCGAGUUCUGCGGAUUCAAACGCGCUUCUACCUGGGAGGACCUGAUGGAUCUGAUCUCGCCUCAGGAUGUUUCGAAACUGCAGUCCCUGUACGCCAGCAUUGACGAUAUCGAUCUAACCGUCGGAGGAUCGCUGGAGGCACACGUCAACGGUGCCCUGGCCGGACCUACGUUCCUGUGCAUCCUGACUGAGCAGUUCUACCGUACCCGUGUUGCCGAUCGGUUCUUCUACGAGCGCGGCGACAAGGAUCUGGCCUUCACCCGCGAACAGCUGGCCGAGCUGCGCAAGGCCAACAUUGCCCGACUGUUCUGCGACAACGGCAACCACGUUUCCUCGAUGCAGCCGAAGGCGUUCCAUCGCAUCUCGCACAGCAACCAGGUGGUUCCGUGCUCCCAGAUCCCCGAGGUCGAUCUUUCCCUCUGGAAGGACCUGUCGUACGACAACAGCCUGCACUCGUUCCACUACUUCCACAACUACAAAAAGUAA